GCAAAGAGUUUACAUGGGUUAGCUCAUCUGGCUGUGGACGCAACCAGAAAUACUUUAAUGCUAAAACUGUCUGACAAAACUGAGCAUCUGGGAUGGAAAUCAUUCUAUUGGCGUUUCAUUACAAAUGAAAUUAUGUACUAGUGUAGCUAUAUAAAAAGCAGAAAAUGCUCAAAUGGAAGGUCAGAAGCAUUCAAAUGACUACUACGAGUUUGCGCCCAGAUGUAUAAUAUUCGUGCUGAAUUAUGUUAUCCAACUUUUACGAAAUUCUUAAAUUUUGACAAAGAAACAUAACUACCGCUGUAUUUCAGAUUGUUUACGCUAUUUUAUUUUACUCUUGAAAACACUUAGCCUUUUGUGAACUGUCCGCGACUGUCCAGUAGAUGGUAACACACGACAGAGAUGCGACUAGCAGCAGCACCAGGAGCAGUACGCAAAUGUCUGCCAGGUUUAGCCCGAUUAUGCCGCUUGUCUACAGUUAUGUAUCGGGAAAUCUGUCGGCUACCUGGAGAGGAUAUCCAAAAAAAAUCUGAACUACACUCCAAAGAGGCCACACUCUACGUACACUGGCCAUAUUGUCUAAGACGCUGCUCCUAUUGCAACUUCAACAAGUACAUCUCCCGAUCUGUCAAUCAUGUUGACAUGGCGACAUGUCUGCAGCGGGAGACGGAGACACUGCUGAGACUUAGCCAGGUGUCCAGUGUUGCCUCUGUGUUUUUUGGGGGAGGAACUCCCAGCCUGGCUCCGCCCUCAACCAUUGCUGCCGUCUUGGAGACCGUUGCUAAGCACGCUGGUCUCCGGGCAGAUGCUGAGGUGACGCUAGAGGUCAACCCCACCCCUUUCGGCAUGGCCAAGCUGGCCGACUUCCGUCAUGCUGGGGUCAACCGAUACUCCGUGGGAGUGCAAUCACUGCAUGACGAGGACCUGAGGGUGCUGGGGAGGGACCACGAUUCCCAACAUGCCUUGCGCACAGUGGAGGAGGCGCGGCGAUUGUGCCCGGGGCGCGUGUCUGUUGAUGUCAUCUUUGGGCGCCCAGGACAAAGCCUGGACCACUGGGAGGCUGAGCUGGAGGAGCUGCUAUUGGUCUGUGAUGAUCAUGUGUCUCUGUAUCAGCUCACUCUGGAGAGGGGCACACAUCUGUUCAAGCAAGUGCAGGCAGGCCAGCUGAGCCUGCCGGGGGAUGAGGUCAUGGCCCGAAUGUACGAGUCAGCGCGGAGGAUUCUGCAAGAAAGAGGUUUCCUGCAAUAUGAGGUGUCCAACUUUGCCAGAAAUGGAGCGGUUAGUUCACACAACCUUGCUUACUGGAGGGCAGGGGAAUUCCUUGGUGUGGGACCAGGAGCGCACGGUCGCUUUGUUCCCCGGGAGAAGGGUGGGGUUUUCAGGGAGGCUCGGACUCAGACCCUGGAGCCAGACGUUUGGAUGUCGGAGGUGAAGCGCUGGGGCCACGCAACCCGUAGAAGGGUGGAGCUUGGACAUGUGGAGCUGUUGGAAGAAGUGUUGGUUAUGGGCCUGCGUCUGACAGAGGGGAUAUCUCACCAGCACUGGGGCCUGUUCAGUCCUGGAUUGGAUCUCCAGCAGGUGGUGGGGGAGAGUACAGAGGUAAAGGAGUUGCAGGAGCAGGGACUGCUCAUCUUAGACCACAGAGGUCUGCGCUGUUCCUGGGAGGGGCUGGCUGUUCUGGACAGUCUGCUGCCCCCCCUGCUCCUGGGGUUGCAGGCACAUGGUCACACCGCAGGGUUGCGAGGGGAGCAUACCACAGGGUUAGAGUGAGGUUUGGGUGGUGGGAGUGUAAGUAGAGGAACACACCUAAAGACCACCUCAGAGGGUGGGAAAUGAACAGGCCAGCGUGUGGCGUUUGCCCAGCACCCCCAGCCAGGGCUGUCAUCGCAGUCCCCUACAGUGUCUCCAUGCGCGGUGAGACUCAUGCCUCGGCCCCCUUGUGUCUGUGGCCGGGCCAUGCGCGCCAGACUCCAUGCGUGCCAGACUCCAUGCGUACCAGACUCCAUGCGUGCCAGACUCCAUGUGUACCGGCAUGGGAACACCUGCCCAGAGGUGCCAUAUGGGUUGGCGGGGUUCGCCUCGUUCCGAAAAACCCGCAACACCCUGGGGCGCAAGGUAAACUACUAAACCCAUUGUUCAGAUGGAUUGAUGGUUGUGAACUAUUUUUGGCAUGUUUUAUAUAUUUUAUAAGUAUAACUUCAACUGUAUACAUAUAAAAAGGGAAGUAAACUAUGGAUGU